AUGUUCAAAGUUUCUAAUCUAACGUUAAGAUCAAAAUUCGAAAAAAAAGUUCACGACAAUCUCCAACUUUAUCAGAACCAAAAACCAGAUUCACUUUUCCCUUUAAUGGUAAUCACAAUCCAUUCAGAACCGUAUUCCAGCAGUAUAAAUACCCUCUACAACCAUCAACAAUCACAUAUUCCAGCAGUAUAA